GGCUCCUUUCCCCUUCUAUGUCUGACUCUUGUGCAUGGUCUGUUUACGCUGAUCAGCUGGUAGGCCGCGGCUACGGGUUACCUCUCUGGCAUCCCGAGCCUACCCCAGAGCACGGCGAGAUUGAGGUCGGAGACGUUGGUUACGUCUCAGAGGGGCAGUUCAUCCGACUUUUCAACGCUAUGCGCCCUGAGCAAGACCCCCUCAACGCACUAGGCGUACCAAAAGGCUUCGUGAUGCUAGAGCCGAAUGCGAGACACUCCUUUUCCGCUCCGACACAUGUCUCUCCAGGCCCGAUCUGCACCACAUCUACGACUUCCCGGAAGGCCGGUGCGGGGAUCUCUGACCCCACCCACUGUGCCGGAGCAUCCUACACGUUCAACUGCCAUAGCAGCCGGGGUGCAGUCGCUAUUCUUGGCGACUUUGGUCAUCAGGAAGGGCACAGGAGUAAUCGAAGAUUCCGCGACUACAUUGCGAAACACCACUCCUCUUGGUAUGAGUUCGCAGUCGAACAAGACUAUCUUGUUCCGCCUGAGGCGAUUAUCCUCGUCUCUGGCUGGCUGAAGACCACCGAGUGGGCGGUUGCAGCCGUCUCUAACUACGGCAAAGCGCACGACUUUUCAUUUACCGCAUCCGCUGGUUCAUAUGCCUCCGCAAAUUUCGAGAUAUCUGGAGGUACGGACGUUGAAAUGUCUGUAGAGCAGCGCUCAGGCCCAGUUUUCGGCAACGAAGACCAGCCCGCGACGCCCGAUCCAUCUGAUGCGACGCUUGAUCCUCAGGCUCCCAGGGGUUCUCCAGCUCGACGGCCGAAGCCACCUUGUAACCAAUGUAUGUUCGUCAGGUACUACAAGCACAAGUCACGCGCUCUGGGGAUGCGGCCCAGAGUGAACGUGAAAGCAGACGCGAAAGAUAUGAUAGGGCCCGGCGACGAGCAUUCGUCCUCUCGCCAGCCGCCCCGCCCAGGCGAUGGCGGCCUACCCCAGGGGUUAUCCUCCCGUCUUUGGAGCUUCUUCAGCAGCUUGAACCUUGGUACCUCGUCAAGUAACACCAGCACAUCGCGUUCCAGCACGACCUCAGCAUGUGUAACGGCCCCGCAGGACUCUCAUGAUGGCACUUCGGGAGGAUGCGGCACAGAAAACGAGUGCGUUGAAAUAGAGGAAGAGCCUGCGACUGCGUACCGCACAUCAAUAUCUGAUCCCUUGGACCACUUGCUGGACCUGAUUCUGGAGCGUUGUCCCAACGCGAUCGCUGCUGUGCUUUGUCAUGAUGAUUUAUACGCGAUCUUUCCGCCUGACAAGUACCCAGAUGACAUGCGAGACAUCACCUUGCAAGGUAAACUGAGCACGGGGCUUGAUAUCGGCUGCAACGAGGAUGGAGUGGCCUUCGUAAAUGAAGAUAGUGACCCUCAGGCAACUCUCCAGGGAGACUGUCCUGAUGAGAGAGAGGUAAAAACCACAGCAGGCAUCUCUGCAGCUGUUCCAAACUUAGAUCUCUCGAAGGUUUGGGAUUCAGAUCCCGCGGCGAACAGUUCCCACACUCUUGUAAAUGCAACGUAUAACGAACGACCCAAACUUGACGCCAUAAAGCGCAGCGUCAUCAGAGGCAAUCAGGGGUGGAAGGGCGUCCUUGGUCCCCCAGACAGCAAGGGUCGCGCAAUCCUCCAGCUGCGCGCCAAGCCAGGCGUCCUCCCUGUCAGGCUGAACCGCCAGACAACCGAAUGGUACCGCAUCCUGGGCAACGAGGUCCAUCGCGCGUUGGAGCUAUCCGAGUUGUACCGGCGCAAGGCCCGGCGGCCGCUGGGCCCUGAGGCGCGCGGGGACCAGGACCACUUAGAGCUGCAAGAGCGGCUCCUGAAGCUGAAGGACAACCUCAUGUCGCACCUCGAGCUACUCAUGAUAAAAGGAGCGAUCGAGGGCCCACCGUACACCAUGACCGACAAUAUCGAGCUCACCUUCCUCCGCAAGUUCAUUGAGCUUCGGGCCGCGGGCAUCCCCCCCAAUCCGCGGCGCCGGCAAGGCCAGGUGCUUCCCUCUUUGCAACAAUGCAUCGACGAGUUGCUGUUCGAGGACAGCUCGACCUUACAGUCUAUAAGCUGAGGCGAUUGGGGCAUGAAGGUUUACCGCCGAGCCCACGACAGGGCUCAGUGGAGCGCAGUCAAUCGUGCCCGAAGUCAAGACGAACCGCAAACAGCUACUUCGUCCAGCUCCGGGAAUGAUGUCGGCGAAAGCCCGAGCGCACACACAAACGAGAAAGGCGACGAAUGGUGGUCGCCGCUGAACCAUCCGUCCAAGUCCAAACGACCGCCCAGAUAUUGGCCAUUUCUUCCCACUGCGAUCGUUAACCCACCAACGACUACCAUCAACACGUUGACAGAUAAGGCUUGUCCGGCGUCGUAAAUCCCCGUAAUGGGGUGUUGCAGACAGUGUAUGAGUCAUGUAGCUCGAAUAACGGUCUUUGUUGGCAGAAAGAUACAAUGAAUACCACCGUCCGGCUAUAUCCGGGUGCGUUUAUUCUCGAAAGCCAAGCACGUAAGGAGCGGACGAGCCACGUAACCCCAGCUGUUUACCAGGGAAAGCCAAGUGUCAUUGAUUGCACAUGGUAUGGUUCUUUGAAGCAUGAUAACGCGAAAAAUACGCCUUGUGUGAUGCUCAGAUGAGGUUCUCUACCGGCAAGAUGAACCAAAGACGUGUAAGGAACCAGACUUUGAGAAGCGGAUAGAAGACGCGCCGCUACGUGCAGAGUCAAUAGUACGCUCUACACGCUCGCCAAUACCUCAAACACGCUCUCCCACGGCUGCCUGGACGGGUAAAACUCGUCCCAGCGAGCGCAAAUACAAGCGCGGGUCGCGAGCACAACCACACGAUCUCUGUCAAAUUGAUGCCGUUCACAGGCGCGAGUCGCCCAGUCGCAGGGAUUGCCAGUCUAACCCAUGACGACGUUUCUCAGCGCAUGACGCACUGCUCUCGUCCUUGCGUUGGCGUCACGCUCGUGCUCGUGAUGCUCGUUAUACGCCCAGUCGAUGUCUCUGCGGAGGAUCUCGCGCACGGCUUGGACACGACUCUGUCUUCUCUGCGUGCGCGUGCAUUCGCAACGGAGUCUUCCUCGAGAAUGUCGUCGCGUGUACUUGUCAAGGGCGGACAGAUCGAACGUGUCAAGGCGACCUGUGAGAAACGUGUCAGACUUUUCACUUUGAGAUCCCCGGCGAGGAAAAGGCGAACAUACCAAGCUGACAUCCCCGACACCUCUGUACAUAAUUGUACUCUGACCAACAAGCAGAGCUGAGCCUGGACAGAGAUCUCGUGCGGGCACCCGAGAGCGGUUCAUGCGCGCCGCGAGUGCUUGCGACCGAGUCUCGUGUGGCCGUGCAUGAGCUUAGUAGGGGUGGGCUGGUAAAGUGGUGCAACUCUGGGGACGAUACAACACGGAAUCAGACGCGAGCGAGACGAGACAAGCCAUGCAGAAGUGGUCAACUUGGGUUGGGUGACGAGAGCAUAUCCGCGGG